AUGAGACAGGCUUUCGUCUUUAUUGCAUUGGCGAUAGGAAACACAGAGUGUAAAGCAAAUUACAGCGACAGGAAAAACUUAUGUUUUGAAAGGACUCGGACAAAGCUAGAAAAGGGUACAGACUGUGUGCGGCGCGGCGGCUACAACGCCUGGUACACUGGUUUCUACUUCAAUAAAGACGACGGCAAGUGCGUCCCCUUGGAUCAUUACUGCCACGUCAGUCUUGGUAGAGAGAAAAGAAGGAUAAACAAAUCGACGAGAUACAUCUUCACAGUCGGCGAGAAUACUAAAACAAGGUGCGAGGAAGAGUGCGUCGACCAGGGAUACAACUUGAGGGAGAAUAGCGAUGGGUGCAAAAUAAACACUUAUCUCUUCGAGGAUGAGUGCGUCGCCUUAGCAGAUGAGCUCGAGUCUUGUCAUGUAAAGCGAAGACCUUCACUGGCGGCUUGUGAGCGGGAAGCGCGCUCGAUCUUCAAACCUCGCGAAUGUCACUCUGCCGACUUUGAAGGGAAGCUGAAGCGCAUUUCCGCCGCAUCGAAUCGCAUCGUCGCGCUUGGAAAAGUCGACAGGAGAGGCGCUGCGAACAAACCUGUUCUCGUCAACCUGGACGUGCGUGACCUCUUCAGCACGCGGAAGGAGGCGAUUAUGUAUUUGGAACUGAACGAACUUUCGAACAGCAAUGUAAUGCGCUGUGAAGAGCGCUUAGACUAUGUUCUCGUCAUCGGCUAUCUAACCAAAAUAGAGCGAACGACAGGAAACGUGAGAUUCCGGGACGGUGGCUACGCCCGAUUCUCCUCAUCGAGAGACGAUCUUUUAGACAAAUUCAACGUGAUAAAGAAAGCUCUUCAAAAUAGAAACAGCUAG